CUCAGUGGACUCACAGCAUAUCACCUCUCUCCGAUACCCUCAGUCCUCCCAGGGGUCCUCUGUCAAGCCUCAAAAGGCUUUUUUUUCCUGUUGGAAAUCAGCUGUUUUCAUGAGAAGUUGCAACACAGCAGGAUAGUUCCUGGUGGACCAUUAUGCACCUGCAGCAACACCUGAGUACUGAAUUUGAUGCUUUUCAAAGUUUCUGAAAUAUCAGAGUGUUUUGGAAGAUUUCUAGUUUACAAGAACUUUUUAAGGACCAAUUUUCAAAAUGAAAGUGCUUUGAUAAGUGAAGUGUAUUUCUUUUGAUGUCUGAAGAACUUUUUAGCCUCAUCGCUUAACAAUGGGAGACACUGGAAUACAGAUCUUAACUCGUUCUUUAUUAUGAAUCAUGGAAGAGAACAGUUCAUUUGUGACUGAGUACAAUGAAAGCACCGCCGCUUGGCCGAUAGAGCCUUCUGCACCCAGCAGACACUUGGGAAAUGUUCCCAACCCACAAACACGUCUCAAGGAUCUCAUGGGAUUAUUUUUCAUGGUGACCCUAAAUGUUCUGGCACUUCUGGCCAACACUGCUGUUCUUGUGGUUGUCAUCAAAGCCCCUCAUCUCAGGAAAUUUGUAUUUUUGUGCCAUCUUUGUGCAGUGGACCUUCUGUGUGCCAUCUUGAUCAUGCCACUCGGCAUUGUGUCCAGCUCCUCGUACUUCGCUGGUGUGGUGUUCACUGUGCUGGAGUGCCAGAUCUAUGUCUUCCUCAAUGUAAUCCUCAUAGCAGCCUCCAUCUUCACCAUCACAGCUAUUAGCGUGGAGCGUUAUUACUACAUUGUUCACCCCAUGCGAUAUGAGGUCAAGAUGACGCUGAAGCUGACUGCAGUUGUGAUGGUGAUAGUGUGGGUCGCUUCUGCAGGGCUGGGAUUGUCUACUGUGUUUGGAUGGCCGUCUUAUGGCAGCCUGACCUCCAUCAGUGCAGCACACUGCUCACUGUACUGGAGCAACAGUGACCACAGGCGUAUUUUCUCUGUGCUCUUCAGUGUGACCUGUUUCUGUCUGCCAGCAGUUGUGAUUUUUGCUGUCUACUGUAAUAUCUACAAAGUGGCCCGUGUGGCUGCCCGGCAACAUGGACCUCUGCCCUCCUGGACAAACAGUCAACUGAAGCAUCGCUCUGACUCAAUAAGCAGUCAGACUACCAUCAUUACAACUCGCAAUGCCCCACGGAGGAUUACCCGAGACCGGCCUUUCGGGGGUGGUAAGGCUGCUCUUACUCUGGUGGUCAUUGUUGGGCAGUUUCUAAUCUGCUGGCUGCCUUAUUUUGCCUUCCACUUUCAUUUGAUACUUGAUGCAACACCCCAGAUCCCCGAUGACCUGGAGGAAACAGUCACCUGGCUGGCAUAUUCGUCAUUUGCUAUUAACCCUUUUUUCUAUGGGCUUCUAAAUCGGCAGAUUAGGGAAGAGCUUUGUAAACUAAGGCGCUGCUACUCGACUCGACCAAUGAAAUUGCCAGCGUCCAGCCAGGAGGGCUCGGGUCAUGAGAACUUCUUGCAGUUUCUCAACAGGACCAGCUGCAGUUUAGAGACACGUCCAAGCUUUGCUACUCCCAGUUCUGCAGGCACUCUGGAUUAUACUGGACAGACUGGUUUCAGGAUACCAGGACAGAUUCCAGAGGAGUUCAGUUAGAUUAUGCUCUACUGUACCUCAGCGUUGUGCCACAAAUAAUUUAAAGUAUGGGGGAUUAAGUUAGUUAAAGUUUAUAUGCAAUAUGACAAGCAAAUUUUUGCACAAAGUAAUAACAAGUGAGAGAUAGCAUACAGAAAAAAACUGUUUUUGUCUUUGAAUCGUUUCUAUAAAGAUUCAAAGAACCACUAAAUGGACUUUUUAUAAAAGGGUUGUUACUGUGGUAAAACAAGCCUUAACGAGUCCUUAAAGAACACUUUAAUUUUAUUAGCUAGCCUAAAGUAAAGUUACUCUUUAUCUACAAUCAAUAGUUCUGUUUUAUGAAAAUUAAUCAACACAAGUAAUUAUUACACAAUCAAAUGUUGUCCUAUUGUAUUUAUGCUCCAGGAAUUUAUGUAAAUGUUAUUUAUUAUACACAAACAGGAGGAAAUAUUUGUUUUGUUCAAGGAAAUUUAUUUCUUAUCAAUUUAAAUGUGAAAAUACAUUUUUGGUAUUUUAAUAAUGUUGAUAAACAAUGUUUGUACAUUAGAAAUAAGUAUGAGAUUUAUAUAAAACCUUUUUUUAGCAUGUUGGUCUAAAUUCUGAUCUACUUUAUUCUCUGGUGAAAGAUGUUUGGAAUUAUAUACAGUUAUGUAAACUGCAUGUCUGCAUUUCUUCUUCAUCUUUUGUAUUCUGUUAACAUUAACUAAUAUACCACAUAGUUAAUUAAUUUCACAGAAACAGCCUCUAAGAGCGCACUGGGGCUGCUAGGCUGUUCUGUGACCAUGAUUCAACAGCCAACCCAAGUCCUUCAGGCAUAUUGUUAAGCUUGAGUUUACUUUCUGUAAGAGAUAACUAAUACGUGCCUAAAGACACUCAUUUGCCCAAUUUCUGGUCGACAUUUUGUCUCAGGACAGACAUUGUGGGUUUGAAUUUGUGGUUUCUGACCUCCGCGCCCUGCCUGUGCCCACUUAUGAAAGCACUGUAAGUAAAACUGAGCCCAGUUAAAACAUCAUUAUAUAAGCAGAAAAUGCCAUUUCAUAAUAGAUGAAGUGGUUGUCUCUAAUACCACUUAAUAUGAGUACAUGAGCAGAUUAACAGCAAAGAAUUUGUAUUUU